AAAAAGGGCAAGUGUCACUUCCCCCUUCCCCUUUUUCCUUUCUUUUUCUUUCUUAUUUCAAUUCGAUUGCUUCAAAUUUUACAUUUUACUAACACCUAUUUUUUUUCCUUGUUUAUUUGUAAUUUCCUAUUGAAAAAAUGGACAGAGACACUCGUUUUUCUCGGCGCACAAACGCCAGGGACACGUCCGACAACGGUGCCUACCCACCGGUCGCGUCGUCGAGCAGAAACGGGCGUCCAACAACAACAGCAUUGCAUUCGGCCAGAAACCAGCAGGCCACCCGCUCACAACCGCCACCAAUUGAAUACAGCCUGACAUUAGAGCAGCGAGAACUAAUCCAAGACGUGUUCCAAGCCCACGACCCAAAACUACGCGGGUUUGUCCAGGUCUCGCAACUACCAGAAAUACUGCAGAACCUACAGAUUCGCAGACCUGGCAAAUCAACACUGAACAUGUGGGUUAACCAGGUUGAUCCGCAGGGAUCGGGGAAAUUUUCACAGGACGAACUGAUGGAUUUUGUCCAACAGAGGUAUGGCGAGAUGAUGGGGUCCAGUGUAGAAUUCGAGAAUGCGUUCAGGUUGUUCAAGCCGGAUAUUGGCCCGGAGGCCAAUAGCGCGAGGAUCACAGUGGAGGAUCUGAAGAGGAUUUCGGCACACUUGGGCGAACAUAUUCCGGACGAGGAACUGAGGGAAAUGGUUUCCCUGGCAGAUACGACCAACACUGGUGGGGUCGGGCUGGACGAUUUUGUGAGGAUAAUGCAAAAGACAGGCUUGUUUUGAUAAAUUAAUAAAUAAUUAA